AUGAGUGGUGAACUUGCUCUUCGUCUUAUUCGAGCUAUUCGUACCGGUACUGAAUCAACAGUAAUUAAUGAUUUAUUUCAAACUAAUAUCAAUAAUCAAUCCACCUCUUCAACAAUAUCAACUAAUUCUUCAAAUUCAAAAAAUACAACAGUAGCCGAUGAAAUUGAUAUUGUUCCUUAUAAAUGUACAUGUCCUUAUUCAACUAGUUCAAAUGAUGGAAACUCACAUAUGUUAGAAAAUCAUUUGAAAAAAUUAACAAAAUUUGUUAAAAAUAUUCCAUGUGAUCGUCCUUGUCCAGUUAAUCUUUAUAGACAUCUUCGAAAUUAUCAUAAAGUUGAUUUACAACAUGCCAAAGAUAUAACACGAACAAUAAUGUUAUGUAAAACAGUAAAACCUGAUGUUUUAAAACAAGGAAAUGUAAAUGAAGUUGCAACAUCAGUUAAAAAACGGAUGAAAUUACCAAAAUCGACAAAUGAUCAUGAAACAACAAUACCUUUAGGUAAAUUUUAUUUUGAAAAAAAAAGAUUGCAUCAAUUUUAUUUUUGUUUAGUUCAUGUGGAUUUGAAUAGUGCAAAAUCUGAAGGAAAAAAUGAAUCAAUUGAUUUCUUAAUUGGAAACGAAAAUCCUGAUGAAUGGGUAACGAUAUUAUUUUUAAAAGAAAUUUUUUUACAUAAAAUGGAACAAUUUAUUGAAAGACUUGAUACUCUUCUUGAUAAUGAUCCAUUUAGUGAUAUUGAUUGGAAUUCAUUAUCACAUAAUGAUUGUGAACUAUUAGAAAAAUAUCGUUUAAAAUAUAUUGAAGAACGAAGACGACUACGAGAAGAGAGAAAAACAAAAACUGUAAUUUAA